GCACCACCCACCACCACCGUCGCCACCGUCAUCAUCUUCUUCUUCUUCUUCUUCUUCGGCCCCUUUGAAGAAGGCCGCGAGGCGGCGAUACGCAAGGGCGGGUCUGCCUCCUCCUCCUCCUCCUCCUCCCGCUUAUGGGCUGCGAUCGUCUCCUACCUCCUCCGCUUCCCCCCCUCCUCCGGCCACUCCCUAUCUCUCUGAGUCUCGCCUGAUUCCCCGCCGUCGAAGUCGCCGCGUUAGACCACUCCCGCCGUCGAAGUCCCAGUUUUAGGCCACUCGGACGACGAGCAGAGCGGCGAGCACUGUUUUUGGAAAUGCCGGAAAUAGCAAGCGGCUGAUCUCAUCAUCUCUCUCGCGACCUUUGUCUUCGUCGUGACGAAGCGAGGCAAAGUUCUCGUCGGACUGAGUUUUCACGUGGGACUCAAUCCUCGAGAAGUCACUGGCUACCGCAAAAAUUCAUCCCUUUCUUUUCACGCUGAAAUUUAAGCCCUGUCAUGGGGCAUUUAUCCACCAUAUUCAAUGGCCUGGCAAGAUCAUUUUCGAUUAAGAAGGGAAGGAACAGUGGGGAUUGUGAUGGUAGAGAGACUGCGGAAGCCAUGGCAAAAGAGGCCAAAAAGAAUGACUUGAUACUGUGCUCAUCUGGCAUCGUAAAUGUCGAUGGCUCGAAAAACUUUGCUUCGGUUUUCUCUAAGAGAGGGGAAAAAGGAGUGAACCAGGAUUGCUGCAUUGUUUGGGAGGAAUUUGGGUGCCAAAAUGAUAUGAUCUUUUGUGGGAUAUUUGAUGGGCAUGGCCCAUGGGGACAUUAUGUGGCAAAAAGGGUCAGAGAGACGAUGCCACCCUCUUUGUUGUGCAAUUGGCAGGAGACUCUUGCUCAGGCUUCCCUAGAUCCAGAUCUUGACUUGGAAUCAGAUAAGAAGUGUCAUCGUUUUAAUAUAUGGAAAAGUUCCUACUUGAAGACUUGUGCCGCCAUUGAUAACGAGCUCGGGCAGCUUCGAAAGAUUGAUUCAUUCUACAGCGGGACCACUGCUUUGACUAUUGUCAGACAGGGGGAAUGCAUCAUCAUAGCCAAUGUAGGUGAUUCACGAGCUGUAUUAGCAACUACUUCUGAGGAUGGGAGCUUACUUCCUGUUCAGCUCACUGUUGAUUUUAAACCCAAUAUACCUCAGGAAGCUGAGCGGAUAACACAAUGCAAUGGGAGGGUAUUCUGUUUAGAUGAUGAACCAGGAGUGCACCGUGUAUGGUUGCCAGAUGAUGAAUCACCUGGACUUGCAAUGUCUAGAGCCUUUGGAGAUUACUGCGUGAAAGAUUUUGGACUUAUAUCUGUGCCUGAAGUGACACAGAGAAACGUAACCAGCAGAGACCAGUUUGUCGUGCUGGCAACUGAUGGGGUGUGGGAUGUUGUAUCCAAUCAAGAAGCAGUGGAAAUUGUAUCCUCAACGCCAGACAGGAGUAAGUCUGCUAAACGCUUAGUUGAGUGUGCUGUCCGUGCAUGGAAACGUAAGAGGCGUGGAAUUGCAACGGACGACGUAUCAGCCAUUUGUCUCUUCUUCCACUCUUCCCCUUUAUCUCAGCAAGUUCACCCCAUCAAGUCCCCGAAGUAAUCAUGUGAGGAACGGUUCAUCUAACGCGGAUCGUGAUCCAUGCUAUAUCGAUCGAAAAAGUCCAGAUCGUCCUGCUUUCAUGUGCCCCCGAUGCAACCACGCAAGCGCAGCUGUAAAUAUAAAGCCAAGUGUUAUAAAUCGGUACUUGUGCCGACAAUUUCCUCUGCAUAGAUUAGUGCUUAAACAAGCCCUUUGGCUUCUUUGAGGAAACAGUUGCAUUUUUGUAGUGAAAUUCAUUUCUUUCGCGCUUCGGAUGAAGUUAAUUGCACUCCUUUAUGAGGUGGUGGUGGUGGAACAUUGCAUCUGCAUCUGCAUUUGCAUGAUCUAGGGAAGGAACUCGAAUUCGGUCGGGAUUGGCUAUUUGUUUCCCAAAGGGAAACCAGCUAUCAAUUCAUCGAUCGGCCAGAAUAGAAGCUUUGACGUUGGCU